AACGACAAGCUUAAUAAACCCAUUCCUUCCUCAUUCUACAACAAAAAAAUGUCCUUUAACCUCCUCCCUCUUUUCCUCUUUUUCCUCCUCCUCCCUUUCUCUUCCUCUCAACUCCUCACUACCGAAUGUGGCGCCCGCUUUGCCUCCGGAAGAUACGCCACCACCGCAAUAUAUGACGGUGCCGACUCCAUCUACAUAAUCGGCGGGAUACCCUACGGUGAAUACGAGAUUUCAAAGUACUCCAUCACCUCGGACGAAAUCGCCGUCGUGGCACAGCUCCCCUCCAACCGGGCUUCCGGGACGAUGUCGAUUGACACCCAGGGAAGCAUUUAUUACCACGGGGGCGUCCAAAACGGUCAGUACGGAAGGGACAGCAUUUUCAAAUAUAUUCCUGGAAACAUCAACCCUGUCAGAGCGAUUGGCGUCAUCCCUUGGAACAACUUCAACUCGAUCGCCUUUCCCAGUUGGGAGAACCCCAAUAAUAUUUUUAUUCUGGGGGGAGCCCUCUAUAAAGAAAUUAUUGUCCUCUUCAACCAGACGAGUUCGACCUCCGUAUAUGCAGGCGGCUUGCUACCCACGGAGUAUAAUUUGCAAGCCGGAGUGUCCGAUGGGGCGGGAAGCGCGUAUUUAUUUGUAAAUGUGGAGGGGGGCAUUCCAUCCGUAGUAAAGUUUAAUAUGACUUCAUUCCAAGUUGAGGCAGAGGUUCCAAUAUUGGAAGGAUUCUCUUUCACAGGCACUCCUCACUCUGUUUGGGACGGAAGGAAUGCAUGGGUAGUUGGGGGCUAUGGAAACUGGACGAACGGUCCACGGCCCGAUUCGAUCCUGAAAUUCGAUCCGGAAUCAAUGCAAAGUGAAAUUGUUCUGGUUGAGAAUUUUCCAGUAAGUGCAGAAAAUGUGACGUAUCUAUCAAACACAAAUCCUGUUUGGGUGGAGUCAAAUAACAGGAUCUACUUUUUUGGAGGAUACACCCGUGAUUCGCCGGGAAGUAAUCAGAUAAUUCAUGAUAAAAUUUGGUAUAUUCAAUUACCUUGAAUUCCUGAUUUUAGAUGGAUAUGAAUUUAUGAUAUAAUUUCAAUUUUCUGCAUAUCCAACGAAUUAAAUUGAUUUAAUUAAAAUAUUAUACAUAUGCAUGUACAUAUGUAUUACAUCCACUUAUUUCCAAUGAAUAAACAAAUAUAAUCACUAGAUCCUUAAUA